AUGGCAUCAUCUGAUAAAAACGAUGACGUCAGCAACACCGUCAAACUAUUCUCAACUUCUGACUUGUUACUCGGUGACUCAUCAGGGUACGCCAUAACUCCGGUACUGGUGCCGUUCAAACAAGAGUCACCGGAGAACGAUUUUCGGACACCCAUUACGCCUUUAGUUAAGAAAGUAUCGUCGGCGAGUACAAAAGACCGCCAUACUAAGGUGGAAGGACGUGGCCGGAGAAUUAGAUUGUCGGCGACUUGUGCGGCGAGGAUAUUUCAGUUGACUUGUGAAUUGGGUCUUAAAACUGAUGGUGAAACUGUUAAUUGGUUGUUGCAACAUGUCGAACCUGCGAUUAUUCAAGCCACCGGGACGGGUACUGUCCCGGCCAUUGCCGUUAAUGUUAACGGAGCCUUAAAAGUUUCGUCAAUAUCUAACGGCAAUGAUUUAGCUCGAAAUAGUAAUGAUAAUAAUAACAAAAGAAAGAAAAGAAAUGAUGAUUUUUAUGAUGUUAAUGAUUGUUCAAAUUUUGCACCUGUGGCCCCUAUAGUGCCUAUUUGGACUAUGGGUGGUGGUGGUGGCCCACCUAACGGAACCAUUUUCAUGGUUCCGAAAGGUGAGUCCGACAUUGGUAUGGCUCACACUCAGCCUCAGUUGUGGGCCAUACCAGCCGGUGCAACACCCGUAUUUAAUGUUUUCCCUAGUGUUGAGGAAACCGAAAUGAGGUCGUGUGGGAAUGGGCUUGGGAAAGUUGUGACGACAAGUAUGGCGCCUAGCUCGAGUUCAGUCACAAUGGGUCAUGUUGAUAGAGAUUUUUCUUUGGAGGUUUAUGAUAAAAGGGAGCUUCAAUUUAUGGAUGGUUCUUUGACUACUGAUGAAAAUGAAUCUUGAAGGUCUUGAU